AUGUCAAGACAUACUAAAUUAAAUUAAAUUACAAAAGAAGGUUUUGAAGAGCAUUUUGCAUCCGAGAAUGAAAGCGAAGAUUUAAAUAUAGAGGAGGAAGAAAUAAUCGAGGAAUUUAUUCAAAUGUUCGAUAGGAAAUUUAAAAAAAAAGAAAUAUUAAAAGUACUCGAUUAAAAUGACUGGAAUGAAGAUGAUGCUACACACUAAUUAGAGGAAAUGUUGAAAAAAAAGAACAAUUAUAAUAAAAAAAAAAUCAACUACCAAAAAAAGAAAUAGAAGAUAAAAAAUUAUAAUAAACUGGAAAUAUAUUAGUAAAAAAAGGAUAAAAUCAAUAAAUCUAACAAUAAUAUUAAUAGUAUAACGAAACUAAUAAUAAUUAAAAAUAAAAUAAUUAAAAUAAUAUUCAAUAAUAAUAAUUAACUUUAUAAUAAAAGCAAUCUACUAAUAGCAUAAAUGAAAAAAACUGUAAAAUAGGCGAAACAAUAUAUAUAGAAAGAAAUUUAAAUUUAUACAAUAGUACAUAUGAUCCUAUCAACUAUAAAUUAGAAUUAAAUAAAGUAUAAAAAUAUAUCAAAAAACAAAUCAACAAAAAAUAAUAAAUAUAAAAAGGAUUUAUAAAAUUUGAAUCUUAUCAUAAUAGGGCAUGUAGAUUCAGGAAAAAGUACUUUAAUAGGUCAUCUAUGUUACCUUAAAGGACUUAUAGAUUCAAAAUAAGCUCACAAAAAUGAAAAAGAAUCAAAAAAUAUAGGUAAAGAAUCAUUUAAAUAUGCAUGGGCAAAUGACGAAUUUGAUGCUGAAAGAUAACGAGGUGUAACUAUAGAUAUCGGUUUUAAAGUUUUAUAUACGAAAAAUAAAAUAAUAACAUUUUUGGAUGCACCUGGACAUAAAGAUUUUGUUCCAAACAUGAUUUAAGGAGCUACGCAAGCCGAUUAUGCAUUACUAGUAGUAGAUGGUUUUCCAAAUAGCUUUAUGAGUGGUUUUGAUUUAGGUGGAUAAACUAAAGAACAUGCUUAUUUAGUUAGAUCUCUAGGAGUAGUAAGAAUAAUAGUUGUUAUUAAUAAAAUGGAUUUGACAGAUUGGAAUGAAAAUGAUUAUAAUUAUGUAUGUACAUUAUUAAAUGAUUUUUUGGUUAAAAUUGAUUUUGAUAAAAAAAACAUAAUUUUUGUUCCCAUUUCUGCAUUUUAAGGCGAAAAUAUUGUAUAAAAAACAAAUCUUAAAUAAGCAUCUUGGUAUAAUGGAUUAUGUUUAAUGGAUUUAUUAGAUUAAUUAUAAGUUCCUGAUAGAAAUAUAAAUACUCCUUUAAGAAUGAAUAUUUACAAUACUUAUUUCUAAAAAAAUAAAGGGCUUUUUAUAUCUGGAAAAAUAGAAGGAGGUGUUAUAUUUGAAAAAUCUAAGGCUUUAAUAAUGCCAUAAGGAUUAGUAGUAUUUGCAAAAGAUAUUUAUAAAGAUAAUAUAAAAUCUGAAUAUGCUUAUGUAGGAGAUAAUAUAGAAUUAGUAAUUUAAAUUAAAGAAUAAUAGUAAGAAAUAAGAUCUGGAAAUGUUUUGUGCUCUAUUGAAUAUCCUAUUCCAACUACUAAUCUUAUUGAUGCUGAGUUUGUUGCUUUCGAGCUAAUUUAUCCAAUUUUGAAAGGAGCUUAAGUAAUUGUUUAUAUAAAUACUGCAAAAAGUCCUGGAUUUAUUAAGAAAGUCUAUAAUUUAAUUGAUAAGAAUUCAGGAGAUAUUUUAAAGAAAAAUCCGAAGUAUAUUUAUUUAAAUUUUUUUAUUUAAAUAUUUAAUAGAUGUAUAAGAAGUCAUGAUUGUGCACAAAUAUAAAUUAGCAUUGAAAAAAGUUUAUGUGCCGAACUAUAUAGUAAUUAUAGGGCUUAUGGUAGGGUUAUUAUUAGGGAAUAAAUGAAUACUUUGGGUGUAGGAAUGAUUACAAAAAUAUAUUGA